AUGGUUGAACGAAUGAAACGGCUACAGAAAGAGCUACGGAAACUGAAGGACGGGAUAUCGCCUCUCGAGAGAUCUGGACAUCGGCAUGCAGUUACGCGCAAUCUGUAUGCAGAACAUCGAGUAGAAAAAGAAAAAAACUUAAAGAAAGUGAAAAAUGUACAUCCUACGUUUGGCCCACUUGGUGAGUCAGCCAAUGUAGACGAUGAUGAUGAUUUUGAGGGAGAGGAAUCAUCAGAGGAUAGUUUUGAGAGUGGGGGGGACGAUGUGGAUGAGAAGGAUGAGGCAGCCGAGUAUUCCUCGCCUGAGAGGAGGGAUAUACAUUUUGGAGGUACUAACAGACGGUCUGAGGUUUCUACCGAAGAAACUGAUGAUUGGGUUGUGACGGACGACGUACCUGGCGGGCCAUGUGAUGGGUCAGUGAUUCCUAGUUUUCUUGGCCACACUACUUAUCAGUUAUGGAAUGGAGAACCAAGAGAUUACCUGACGAUAAAGCCAGCGAAGAAGAGUUUGUCUAGAUUGCAUGGAUGGGUCCUCCCCGCUGUUCAGGUGCAAGCUUGGGUGUGGACCUUGUUAGCCUUGACACUCUUCCUUGACAGGAGUGGAGGCAGGAUCAGUGCUUCGCUUAUGAACGAGCUGCACGGAGGACAAGCAGCUGUAGAUUACCUCGACUGGUACAGGAGCCAUUCACAUCCAUUCCUACUGUCGACGUCUGUACCGUCUACAUCACGCAUCCCGGUGAAGAACUGCAUCACUUACUGGAUGCGUGAGAUGGAGAGGUUGACUCGAGGUUGCAUCGACAAUUUGAAGAAACUCGAUCUGGGUCUUGGUGAGGAGUGGGAUACUCGCCUAGAUGAUGUCAUCUUCCGUCACAGUCAAGCCCCAUGA